UCCUUACCAAAAUAUUUUUCCAUCCUCUCUCUCAUCUGAGUCUGCUCUAUAUUAUUCACUUGUAGAGAAUAUCAAAGCUUAACAUUUAAAGUGAAGUUUUAUUAGGCAAAACAAAAUGGGGUUCCAGCCACUAGAAAAGACAAAACCAAAACAUAGGAAAGGUUUAUGGUCACCUGAAGAAGAUCACAAACUCAGAAACUACAUUCUUAAACAUGGUCAUGGUUGCUGGAGCUCUGUCCCUAUUAAGGCAGGCUUGCAAAGGAAUGGAAAAAGCUGCAGACUAAGGUGGAUUAACUAUCUAAGGCCAGGAUUAAAGAGAGGGAAGUUCAGCAAACAGGAGGAGGAAACAAUCCUCACCCUUCAUCACAUGUUAGGCAACAAGUGGUCACAGAUAGCACAACAUUUGCCAGGAAGGACAGACAAUGAGAUAAAAAACUAUUGGCAUUCAUAUUUGAAAAAGAGAGUGGCCAAAGCUAUGGAAAUGGAAUCACACAAACAAUUUCAAUAUGCUAGCUCAAGCUCAGAUACAAUGAACUCUUCACCCUCUCUUCAAAAACUUGCAACACAAGAUCCACAUAAUUAUAAGAGCAUCACCAAAGAGACUCAUCAAAGCACCUUACCAAAACUAUUGUUUGCUGAAUGGCUUUCAUUGGAUCAUGUUAAUAAUAAUAAUAGGAACUCUUCAAAUUCAGUUGAAUCUUUGGUCAUGAGAAAUGGAUUUGAUCAAAAUUCAGCUUUUCAAGAAGUUACAAUGCAAGAAGGACCCUUCAAUGGAGAGUUUCAUAAUAGUGUGACUAACAUUUCAGCCACUGAGAUGUUCAAUUCACAGAUUAAAUUUGCAAAUCAAAUUGUGGGAAAUGGGUUUGUCCAUUGCAUGCCUGGAGUUGAUUUAAGUAACAAUUUCAAUCUAAGCAAUGAUGCAAUGUACGUUUGAGGGCUUUGAAUUAUACAUACUGAAUUAUGUAUGUAAUGUAUUGUAUUUACUAUAUUCCUCCUACCAAAUUCAAAUGAUUUCAAUUUCCACAGGGUUACCAUAUACACAUGAAAUUAUUUGUUAUUUUGUUA